AUGGCGAUGAAACCCAAAAUGGCGGGCAUGCAUACUGCUGGAAUCUUUUCAGAUAUGACUGUUGACGGUCCGAUAAUUGGUACUCUGGUUGUAAUCGUUGAUCGAGCAAAGAACUUACCGAAUAGAAAGACAAUUGGAAAGCAAGAUCCUUAUUGUGCUGCUCGGCUGGGCAAGGAAGCAAAGAAAACAGAGACGGACAAGAGAGGUGGACAAACUCCUCGAUGGGAUCAAGAGCUACGAUUUACAGUCCACGAUUCGCCGGAUUAUUAUCAAUUGAAGAUAUCAGUAUUCAACGACGACAAGAGAACGGAUUUGAUAGGAGAGACUUGGGUUAAUCUGCAAGAUGUUAUCAUUACAGGAGGUGGGCAAAGUGAUGUGUGGCAUAAUUUAAGCUUCAAAGGGAAAUAUGCGGGAGAGAUCAGGGUUGAGAUCACAUAUUAUGAUAAACGGCCUAAACCAGAGAAGCCAGAGAAGAAAGAACCCAAACAGAGCCCGUCGACAAUUACUCCUUCUACAUCUGCGCAAUCAAUAACAGAAUUUGGAAGUGUGAGUGGAAGUGGGAGUGCGAGAGAAGGGGUUGGCGGACCAAGACAACUGGGUGUGAAACCUGUUAUUAAAAGACGACCCCUACCAUCUGAUCCAAUUACUGGGGCUCCAGCGCAACCACCUGUCGCAGCUCCUUCACCAGCUCCCGUGCCUGCCGAACUUUUUCAUACUCCUCCGCGAGGAUAUCAAGCCCCAUCUGUAGUCGAUCAUGUGCAGAUGACCCCUUCUCGUGGGUAUAGAGACUCUCCUUCUGCGAUACCAGAUCAUGUUCAAACGCCACCUCGAGGCUACCAAAACUCACCGACAGCAAUACCGGACCACAUUCAGACAUCACCGCAGGGAUAUCAAAUGUCUUCAAACGGUAUGCCAGAUCAUGUCCCUCGAGGAUACGCGAACCCACCAGUAAUACAGGAUCAACCUUUGCCACGGGGGUAUCCAAGUCCUGCUGCCGUUUCUGAACCAAUGCAAGCGCAGCGUGGAUAUCACAGUCCUACUCUCGCUCAGGAACACGUACAAACGCCCCCGCGUGCAUACCAGAAUGGGUUCAUUCCGGAUCAAUCGCCUUUGCAAAGAGUGGAGUAUAAUACACCCCCAGGCCGAUAUAAUCAGCCCCAAGGCUACGAUGUAAGUCCAGGAUCGACGUCAUAUGGAGCACCCCAGGACAUGAUAGUUGCGGCACCACCAAGUUCACAACCAAUGCGAAAUAAUGAUAGAUAUGAAAUAUACGACCCAAUGUCCAGCAAUGAUUAUGAACGCGGUCACGAUAUGAAUCAAUACCCACCACAGGAAGAGGAUUCUCGCGAUAGAUACGGCGGACCUCGUAUGCUCACUUAUGAGCCUCAGCAGCCAGAUCCAUAUGAUCUUCCAAUGAGUCUUGGUCCUCCACCACCACCUCCGGCCCAUGCAAGUAAGCACGUGAGCUCGGUACCACCUAUUGCGCAAACCAAGGCAAUUCAUGGUCGUCCAGUCAGCAGGGGAAAUUCAAACCCUUACAAUACUUCAUUGGAUGAUAUGCAUCGCAAUUCAAUGCCUGCAUAUACACAACCCACUCCAGCUUAUCAAGCCUAUAGUCCACCAAAGAACGAUGAUCAAUUUCGAAGGUCGGGGAAUGGAAACUCUUACCAACCUCGACAAAAUUCUUAUGAUUCUAGAGAUUUGAGGUAUAACCCCAGUCAUGAUGACAUGCAGCCGACGGUCGAGGAUGCCCCACCCACACCGGCACCAGGACUAGGUAGUUACAAGGCUAUGCCACAUAGAGGCAGUGCACCCAGUGCCAUGCAAUAUCAGACUGAUGAGAUGUAUGAUCAUGUACCAGCGCCAUUGAAUUUGAGGCAUCGACCUAGCGGGAAUAGCGUCUCAACAACUGCUCCUAGUCAUCAGUAUUCGAACAGCUCAGGUGGUUAUCCGGCAUCUAGCUCUAUGUCUUCAAUCAGGGACAGCGCUUCCAUAACCUCGAGAAAUUCUUAUGGACAACUUCCCUCAUCUCGUCAAGAUAGAAGCCAGUCUUUAGGUUUGCAAAGUACUAAUGGUGAUUAUGGCUUACCUGAGAUGCCACCAACUUUGGUACCGGGAAUGGAUCCAAUCAUUGCCAAGGAAAUCUCGGAUCGGAUUUAUCACGAGAAGCGAGCAAGUCAUAGCCAAAACAUUGUGACAUCGCAGCGAGGAAGAUAUCAAGAGAAUAUAAGACAUCAAUCACAACAGAUUCAACAACCUAUACCUCUUCCCUAUCAUGACAAUUCGGCCGUUGUACCAUACUCGCCACAGGGAGCGUAUGAUGAUCGCCAGGGUCGAUAUGCUACUUCCACUGCUAUGGUACCUGUAAAGCCUAGGGGUUCCUCGCCUAACCCUGCGAUGAAUAGGAGGGCUGUCUCCCCUAAUCCCUCAAUGGAUAGGCGAGGAGCCUCGCCUAAUCCUAUGAAUAGAGGAGGUGCAUCGCCUAAUCCGUCCAUGGAUAGAAGAGGUGCGUCGCCUAAUCCGUCCAUGGAUAGAAGAGGUGCGUCGCCUAAUCCGUCCAUGGAUAGAAGAGGUGCUUCGCCCAAUCCUCCAAUGUCACACAGAGGUGCCUCUCCCAAUCCAUCGGUCAUGCGAAAAUCGGUCAGUCCUGCUCCGGAACCCAGAAGGUUAUCAGGUAUUGCUUUCGGUCCGGAUUCAUAUGAUGUUUUCAAUCCAAGUCUAGCGGGAUCGAAAUCUGCAAACUCUUUAGGUGCUGCUUAUGAUUCUAAAGAUGACCCGGAUGCGAAGAUCAUCACUCAUGAUGGUAGAGAGAUCGAUCCAAGUGAUCAUAUUCCCGAGUCUAAUUAUGCACCACUCCUCGAACAAAAAGGGCCUAAAUACGCAUCGCAAAUGCCAGAUCGUAAUUAUCGAGCUCUUCCGCCAGCCCAGCCAGUAUCAUCAACUAGUCGCAAGCCGUUACGUCAAGCAGGACGACCUCAAUCAAUGGCUGUCUCUUCCCCAAUUUACUUCAGCGGCGGCACUCCCGAUCAUGCUCCAGCCACCGCUCAUAGAAAACUCCAAAAGAAAUCAAACCGCAUGACGGCACAACCUGCAUACCACUCAUCACCAAACGUACCAAUGUACAAAGACUCAAAUUAUGCAUCGAGUAGAACCUCGAUGCAGAGACCUGCAACGGCAGAAUAUGCCAAUGAAAAUUAUUCGUCGGGUGGUUAUCAAUAUGGAAGUAGUCCUGGUGCCGGCGGUGGAGGUGGAUACAGAGGGGCGGUUGGACCAGUCGUACCAGCGAAAGUUCCGAUGGCGUCACCGGCCCCGGUAAGUAAUCCUGGGAGCAGAGGUGGGGGAGGAGGGGAUGCGUGGGCACUGCAGGAGGAGAUGAAAAAUAUUGAUUUGGGGGCUCCGAGUUCGAGGAGGCGGAGGUAUUGA